AUUUAAUUCCAACAAGUUAUCAAUAUCAUGUUCAAUUUCUCCCGUUUAUAACAAACCAAAUUGCAUCUGUUUAUUUGUUUACCAGCGGAUGUUGACCGCUCCAAUAUGGCGGACGCGCAGACGCAUAGCGCCGACAGCAGUAACCAAUGAGUAAUGCCAUAGAGGCAAGAGGCAUUGCUAAGUCUACUCCACCAGGGAGGAGAAGUCUCCUCAGAGAUGGCAACUGAACUCCAUGAGACUAUAUUCAUGGCCAAGCAGGAGCGCCACAAAAAUCUGUUCCUUAACUACAAAAACCUGAAUAUUUUCCCCGUGGAGCUGCUGAAAGAUGAAGGCCUGCAGUUUCUGGAGAGACUGUACAUGAAGAGGAACUCACUCACUACACUGCCUGACAAUCUUGCCCAGAAGCUCCCGAAUCUAAUUGAACUGUAUUUGCACUCAAACAACAUAGUCAUUAUUCCUGAAGCUAUUGGAAACCUGGCCCGGCUGCAAUCUUUGGACCUCAGCAAUAACGCCCUCCAGCUCCUCUGUCCAGAAAUUGGCCGACUGAGGUCUCUGCGGCACCUGAGGCUGUCCAAUAACCAGCUGAAAUGCCUUCCUCCAGAGAUCGGUGAUCUGCAUGAACUGGAGACUCUGGACGUGUCGAUGAACCAGCUGAUGUCUCUACCCGAUCGGCUGCACCGCUGUGUCUCUCUGCAGAAUCUGACAGCGGACCACAACCUGCUGAGCCACGUUCCCCGGCAGCUCUGCUGGCUCCACCGCCUCAACCAGCUCUCCAUGGCCGCUAACCGACUGACCUUUCUACCGCUCGAUCUGGGCAGAUCACGGGAGCUGCAGUUCGUGUUCGUGGACAACAAUGUGGACCUAAAAGGCCUCCCCUCCUACUUGUAUAACAAGGUCAUCGGCUGCAGCGGGUGCGGUGUGUCAUCACCAGGGUUGGACGGAGACCUGGGUGAGGUGCCCGGUGAGGCGCUGACUGAGGCUCUGGUCGGGUUGCCGGCUGAAGUGAAAGUGGUGGGAUCAGAGUCGGAUAACGUGGUUCCCCUGGAGGAGCUCACCAUGAGGACCCUGCACCGCAUCCACCACCACAGCCCAACAGACCUCAACUUGCUGCCUCCCAUCACCCUCCCAAAGAGCCUGCUUGACCUGUUGCAAUUCCCACUCGGUCACUGUCACCGCUGCAGCCAAGCCAUGUUCACCAUCAUCUACCCCAAACUGUUCCCCCUCCGUGACACCGCCCUGGCAGGAGUGCACCGCAGGACGACUGUGAGUUUCGUGGCCUACUGCUGCUCCAGCCACUGCCUCCGGACGUUUGACCUCCAGGGUUGACAUCUUUUUCUUUGCCCUGUGCACGUUUGAAGCAGAAGCUGUUGAUUGGCUUCCAGAAGGUGACAGAUAACAGCUUGUCGUUUGUGGGGACCUCGAAGGUCUGUACUGCAAGAGUGCAGGAGCUCUGUGCUUGAUUGACAAUACUAAGAACCACAAAGAGGCAGUCCUCUGUGGGUGUUUGGUGGGUCAGAUGAUUGACACAGGGCUUGUUCAGCAACGUUUCAACACUUUUAGACAAAGACCUACAUGGCGCUUCUGUCUAACCACCUUGGACGUUUGUAUUCCUGUGUUUGUGGUGAGGGUCAACAUUAAUAACUACCAUGUGUGAACAGUGCACCACUGUGCUUAUUCAAUGACAUCUGUCUGAAAACUAACAGCAUUAGACCUGAAGUAACUACAAACCCUUAUUCACAAAUGAGCACUUUUUAAGAACAAGCACUGUUUGAUAUAUAUAAAAUCAGUAAUUUUUCACGCAGAAGUUUUUGUAGCAGGCACAUCACAUUGAUUGUGGAGUCAUCUUCGAGGUAUUAACAUUUGUAAUAUGGUUUAUUUUACUGAUUACUGAAGAACAGCUGGAGGGUUAUAGUUUGAGAGAAUGUUUCUAUUUGAUAUGUGUCAUUUUCAGCAGCAGAGACCCAACCGCAUUAACUUUCUAACAGAAGCCAUGUGUCUUUGAGCAGGGCACCCAAGUCUCACACGGUAUCACAUACAGCAAAUGUGUCAACACAGCAUACUUUAUGAGGACAAACUCGUGGUCAUAAUUCUGAAUUUAUUUCUAAAAUGUUGGUACUAGAUAGAAGAAUGAGCCGAGGAUCAGUUUCACGUUUGUUUUGACAGAACUGUCAGUUUCUGUUGUCAGUCAAGUUGCAAGGCAGGUAUCCAUUUCUAAAUUUUGACUGUUUGUGGAGCAAAGUUCAUGUAAUUAACAUGUUUAAGAAAACUAAUGUAUUUUUUUUCCUUCCCUGCAUUUAACUUAAAUAUCACUCUCAAUUACAGGAACCCAAAAUGGUCAAAUCAGUCAGUUUGUAGCCAAAGUUUUCUGUCACCGUCUAAAGAAAAUGAGGUUUGUACACUUCAGAGGCACUGUGUGAUUCUCUUGUUGGACUGACGCUUGUGUGUUAUAAUUCAUUACUGUGUUGUACAGUUGUAAGUUAUCAUUUGUUUUGAUUGUGUUGCAUUUUGGCAGUAAAUGUUGCUGACCGAU